UGGCGCGGCUGGCGCGGCGGCGGGCUGGACGCGGCGCGGUGCGCAGUGCGCGGAGCGCGGCCAUGCCGGUGGACCUGAGCCUGUGGAGCGGGCCGCUGAGCCUCACCGAGGUGGAGCAGAAGCCGGCGCAGCCGCUGCGCGUCAAGUAUGGCGCCGUGGAGAUCGACGAGCUGGGCAAGGUGCUGACCCCCACGCAGGUCCAGCAUCGUCCCACCAGCAUCGAGUGGGAUGGCUGCGAUCCCCAGAAGUUCUACACCCUGGUCCUCACGGACCCGGAUGCUCCCAGUAGGAAGGACCCGAAGUUCAGGGAAUGGCAUCACUUCCUGGUGACCAACAUGAAAGGCAAUGAUGUGGGGAGUGGGAAAGUGCUGUCAGAUUAUGUUGGCUCAGGACCUCCCAAAGGAACAGGGCUGCACCGGUACGUGUGGCUGGUGUACGAGCAGCCAAAGCAGCUGACCUGCAAUGAGCCCAUCCUGUCUAAUCGCUCUGGUGACAAACGAGGGAAGUUCAAAGUGGCGGCUUUCCGCAGCAAGUAUGAGCUGGGGGCGCCGGUGGCUGGCACUUGCUACCAGGCGGAGUGGGAUGAUUACGUGCCAAAACUCUAUGAGCAGCUGUCUGGGAAGUAGGGAGAGGGGAGCCUGAGCUUGCAGGUAUCCUUGUUCUUCCUCCACCUAGACAAGCACUGUGUGAUGUCCCCUGUCCCCUUGGAGACCAGUUUGGUCAAAGCAUUUCUUUGUAAUUUUGAUUAAUGACUUGCGCCCAACUGCUCUUGAACUGACCACUAAAAUUGUAGCCUGAAUCACAACCCUGUCCCUGAUGUAAAUCUGCUUCAGUGUCGCCGUGGCCCAGCCUUGUGCUGUGCUUCAGCUGACUCCUGUAAUUGCAGGCGGUAGCUAACUAGCCAAGCUUCUGAAAAGCUGCCUCUGUAAUGGCCACCCCCUUCCAGGCUGACUGGAGUGCAAGGGAAGUCAAAGCCUUUAAGAAUCAAUGAUGUUAUUUAAAGCAUCUCUGUGCUGUACUACAAUGAUAUGCAGCGGUGGUGUAGGUACAGUACAACUGCUGGGUUGAUGCUGGCUAUGUAGGUAGAGUCUCUCCUUUCCAGGAGACAGGAGGAGAUGGUGGCCUCAGGGAUGCUGUUUUUUUUUUUCCCUUCAUUAAAAAUUUGGCCAAUGACUCUGCUUCUCCGCUAAAGUAAUGCUGGAAUAAUUGGUUGAAUAAGGCAAGGAAUUGGUUUAAAGGGAUAUCCUCUGAUCUGUUGUUAACUCUCAAAGCUGAACAUUUGAUGAACAGCUCAACGCUACUUCAUUUUGUUCCAGUUUUGUUGUAAUGUGAUGUUACUGUGCAAUUAAAAACUUGCCCAAACGAA